AUGAAUGAAUAAAAAAAAAGGAUGGAAAAAUAAAAAAAUAACAGAUGUAGAUUAUUACACAAAGUUUAUGCUUUAAAACAGGAAGCACCCUUUUUUAAUAUUAGUUUCAAAACUAGAGUUUAAAAUAUGAUAAAGCAAAUUCAAAGUUUUUAAAAUGAAAGAAGACGCUGUAAAAGUGAAUUCGAAAAUUAAUUUCCCUAAAUUUUAAGGUUGAAUCCAGUCUCUAAGCCUUAAAAUGUAGCACCAACAAAUUUAAGAUUAAAUACAAUUCGUACAACUUCAAGAUAAAGCAAUUUUAUCAUAGAUGGGGCUAAUUAAAAAGGGAAAUAACCUAAAUAAGCAAGCUUAGAUUAAAAUCGUAGGUUUUCAUCAGACCCUUUAAGAUUUAAUUCUAAGAUUAAAACUUAAAUAUAAACAUUUAUACUCAAAGAUACUAUUCCAAUUAAAGAUCGACAGAUGAAAAUUGAGAAGUAGACAUAAUUAGAAUAUAAUUUAUUCGAGAAUAUAUCAAGUUGGUCAAGAAAGACUUCUGAAAGCAUUUUAUGA